UAGAUCCCAUAUUUUGCAUAGCGGGGCGAUUUAAAAUUUACUGCUGGAAUUAACGAUAUUAUAUGCUUGAUCCUACAAGGGACAGAGCACAUGGGAAUUAAGUGAGCGGCGCGCUGUAAAAUGCAUUGAAUUACCGCAAAUAUUCAUUAACAAAAAUCGCAAAGAUGGAGCGCAUCAACGAACUUACAGAAGCUAAGGUGUAUAUCAUAGGAGAUGAGGAUACAGUGGUUGGAUUCCUCAUGGCAGGAAUAGGGAGCAAAGAUGGACUGGGACAAACAAAUUAUAAAAUAAUCACACCAAAAGUAUCCAAACAAGAGAUCGAAGAUACAUUCAAGCAGUAUGUACAGAAAAAGGAUUGUGGAAUCAUUAUCAUAAACCAGCAUAUCGCGGAAAAGAUUAAAACGGCUAUUGACCUACAUUCAGGACCAAUACCAGCAAUCUUGGAAAUACCAAGCAAGGAGCAGCCAUACGAUCCAAACAAGGACUCAGUUACACAAAAGAUUAAAGUGCUAUUUGGUGAAACCUAAACAAACACUACUGCAGAUAUUAA